CGUCCCACCAUGCAAUGGUGCGACUGUGUGCCUUGGUGGCCUCGGCAAUUGCCGCCGGCUCUUACGCGCAGAUCGCUGAUGCCGAUGCAAGCUGUUUCAGCUGGUGGGUCAGGCACUGCCGCUGGAAGCAAGCGCCAGUGGAAGGCCUCAGCAGCGAAGAGGACAGCGCCUGCAGCGCCAGUGGCGAGCCCAUCCCGCCAGAGCCAGGCGCCAGCUGGGCCAGGGUCCUGGAGCAGAUGACCAGGUGCAUUACCGGCUUCUACGAAGGUCGCUAUGUGGAGGUCCGUUGGGACCCAGCAGACUUCUGGCACUAUUGGAAGAUGCCGGGGGACAUGCAGAUCCCGGCCAGGUUUGGGCUAUGCAUCCCCAAGGGCCGGUGCAAGGAGUGGGCGGUGAAGUGGCUGCUGGCACCUUUGCUGUGGGUCUACAAGCACAACGAUGGCCCUGACAAGGUGAAUCACCACGAAGUCUUUCACCGCGCGGAGCUUCUGGCGAGAUCGACGCGGCCACCCGGCCGGCCCACCCUGGUGCAGGGCACGCUGCACAAGGAGCAGAUCUACGACCGGGCGAUGCGGGAGCUGGAGCAGGCGGUGGACCGCACUUCGAAGACCAGCGGGUUGCUGUGCAUCGUGGGCCACCUGCGGAGCUUCGGGGAGGAGGUGGUGCAUCAAAGUCUCCGGAAGAAUGUCAUCGACGCGCUGGGCUUCUCAGAGCAGCGCACGGUGCUGGUGACCGAGUUCGGGCGCCACACGCCGCAAGAGGAGCAGAGCCAGAACCCCUGGCGCAGCUGGGCGGAGAUGGCGCCGGCGCUGGAAGCUGUGGCGCCCGAUGUGGUCGUGAACGUGCCUGUGCAGGUGGAAGGACAUCCGCCGGGCCGCCGCUGCCACGCCAAGUACCCCAUGGCAUGCAAUGCCCAGUGGCGGCGCCUGGAGCUGUGCCAAGAGCAGCUGCUGAGCUUUGAGCUGCAACGUGGAGCGCCAGUGGACUGGGUGGUGCGAUUGCGCACAGACAUGAUCUUCAGCAUUGCUUUGGGUGACAUUCGCACCUUCGACCCUGAGCGUGUGCACUUGCCAGUGGGCAGCUGGACGGAUGCCCACGAUACUUUUGCCAUCAUUCCUCGUCGGUAUGCUGAUGUAUACUUCGGUACGCGGCACUAUGCGGGCACAGACUUCUGCUGGGUCUCGCCCAGAAAGGACAUCAGGUCGGAUGAUUGCUGCCACCGGCUGAAGCUCCAGCUCCUGAAGCACCAGGUCCCAGUGCAGCGCUUCGCGCUGCUCUGGCAGCCCUGGGAGAUAGUUGACCGCUACAUCGUGCGUCCGAACACCUGGAACGGCUCCAAGCUCUAUGCGCUGAGCUAGCAACUUUCUCAGCUGGACCAAGCUGAAGGCAGCAAUCGAGCGGUCACCGUGUUGCAGAGGCAGCGUUCUGCGGAGGAUGGACGAGCGGCGGCGUCGGCAGCAGGUGAACAUGAUCAUCAGGGGCGUUGGCCGGAGCGCGUGCCAUGGGAACAGGAUGGUGGCGUUGCGUCGGAUUGCAAAACCUGCAGCUGCACAAGCGCCGUGACGUUGGCAAAGCGCAGGCUGAGCGGUUUCCGGUCUUGGCCAUGCUGCAGGGCAAGCGUCUUGACGUAGGCCUCCACCUGCAAUGCCCAUGGCCAGAGCGGCCCUGCCCACAGGCAUGGUGUGGCUUGCCUGGGGUUUGCCACCGGGCGGGGUCAUUUUUUUGCGCAAAUUCGCGGCAGCGGAAGGCAGUCAUACUCACGCUCUGACAUUUAACCUGUGACCACUUGGUGCUGCGCUGACGGGACUUUGCUUCAUGCCGGGCGGAGAAUGGUCAGCAAUUCAGCAGAAGUUUGCACGGCCAGCU